AAUUCAAGAAAGCAAUAAAUCUUUUUUCAGAUAUUUCUCCUUCUUUUCAGUUUUUAACAUGGUAUCAGAGCUAUAAGCUCUUGGUUCUUUUCUCUUAUCAUCGCUAUUGGGUUUUUUUGGAGUUGGAUUUUCAAUUCCAUUCCAUAUCUGAAACUGUCAUUGGGAUCUCUUCUCAUACAAAUUGGAUUGUUUAUUUUUGAUUCUCAGACCCUUUCUGAGGACCCACAGACAUGACAACUUCUUGGAACUAGUCGCAAGGUGGAGUGUUUAUUUGAGCUCAACUAUUUGCAUAUUCCUGAUAAUAAAAUGGAUACACCAUCAUUUCCAAAUGAUCGAUUCAUCCAAACCCUGCUUUGUGCUGUUGAAUUAGAGUCUUUGCAAAUUCCAUAUCAACAAAUCUUCCAAGUCUGUGCUGCUACUAACAUUUCUCCUCUCCAUUUGUGGCACUCACGACUCGGACAUACCUCUGUCGGUAAACUUCGUCCACUUAUCUCUCGUGGUUUAUUAGGAUCAGUUCCGAAUGAAUCUGUGCUUUGUGUAUCAUAUCAAUCUGCAAAGCAACCUGCUUUAUCUUUUUCGAGUAGUCAUUCUCAUUCUACUGCUCCUUUUGAUCUUGUGCAUUCUGAUGUUUGGGGUCCAUCUCCUACACCCACCAUGGGGGGUUCCAGGUACUUUGUGUUAUUUAUUGAUGAUCAUACUCGUUUUACCUGGAUAUACCUUAUGAAAAGUCGCUCUGAAUUAUCACAAAUUUAUAUUGAUUUUGCUACCAUGGUCAAAACACACAUUCUUGAUUCUGUUUGUGCUCUGCUCAUUUCAUCCUCUUGUCCAAAGCGAUUUUGGGGUGAGGCUGCUCUUACAGCUGCUUAUCUUAUUAAUCGCAUUCCAUCAUCAGUCCUUAAUAACCAGUCUCCAUAUGAGCGUCUACAUGGUAUUCUUCUUGCUUAUAAUCUUCUUAAGAAAGAAUAUCGUUGUUGGGAUCCUGUGUCACAAAAACUCCGAGUUUCACAUCAUGUUGUCUUUUGGGAACACACUAUGUUCUCAUCAUUGUCAAACUUCAAAGUGUCAUCCUCUCAUCAACCUCCAUUUUUUACUAAUCCUUUUAUUGAGCUAUUUCCUAGUGAUUCUAAUGCAGGUACAUUUGAUGAGCUCUACAAUGCCUCACCACAUGCUCCAACCAGUUCUGUAGAAGAUGAUCUGCCUGCUGGUAAUGCAUUAGAUAAUUUUGAGCCUUCUUCUACUUCCUCGUCUACAAAUGAGCUUGUUGUCCCAUCCUCGAGUCAUCCUACUUGGGUAAGAAAGCUUCUAAACUAUCUUCGUGAUUAUCAUUGUUUUCUUGCUAUUACUUCGUUACAUGAGCCUCAAUCCUAUCAAGAGGCCUCUUCUAACCCUCUUUGGCAACAAACUAUGCAAGAUGAAUUACAAGCUCUUGAGAACACUCGUACAUGGGAUUUAGUUGAUCUCCCUGCUGAAAAAUUUCUAAUAGGCUGUAAAUGGGUGUACAAGAUCAAAACGCGAUCUGAUGGUUCUGUGGAGCGUUAUAAGGCACGCUUGGUUGCCAAGGGUUUUACACAGGAGUAUGGAAUCGACUAUGAAGAGACAUUUGCUCCAGUUGCUCGUCUUACAUCUGUGCGCAGUUUGCUUGUUAUCGUUGCUAUACGGAGAUGGAAAUUGUUUCAGAUGGAUGUGAAAAAUGCUUUUCUUGAUGGUGACUUAGAAGAAGAAGUUUAUAUGAAACCACCUCCUGGGCUCCACCAUCCUCCAAACAAGGGAUGUCGAUUGCGCCGAGCAUUAUAUGGGUUGAAGCAAUCCCUUCAAGCCUGGUAUGCAAAGUUUAGUGCUACUGUGAGUGAGUUUGGUUUUACUUCCAGUCCACAUGAUACAGCUUUGUUCAUUCGUAAGACUGCUCGGGGUAUGGUUUUUUUACUUCUUUAUGUUGAUGACAUGAUUAUUACUGGAGAUGAUGUCGCAGGUGUUGAGGAGUUAAAACAAUCUCUCAGUCAAAAAUUUGAGAUGAAAGAUCUUGGUGUUCUGAGCUACUUUUUGGGGCUUGAAGUGACCUCUUCAGAUGAUGGCUACCUGCUUUCUCAAAUAAAGGAACAUUAUUUCAUGGACUCCAUUUUUCUGCCAACUCCUCCCUUGUGCUUCGUGCUUACUCUGAUGCUGAUUGGGCUGGUGAUCCUUCUGAUUGUAGAUCUACCACCGGUUACUGUCUUUUCCUUGGUAAUUCUCUCAUCUCUUAGCGGAGUAAGAAACAAGCUAUUCCAUCUCGCUCUAGUACAGAAGCUAAGUAUAGAGCUCUCGGGGAUACCACAUCAGAACUUCUUUCAUUGCGGUGGCUUCUUGAAGAUAUGGGCAUUCCUCAACCUUUUUCUACUAAUUUAUAUUGUGAUAAUCAAAGUGCUAUGCAUAUUACUCAUAAUGAUGUCUUUCAUGAACGCACUAAACACAUUGAGGUUGAUUGUCACUUUAUUCGCCAUCAUAUUGCACAAGGAACUGUUCAUUUGGUUUUCAUUGGCUCCGCUGAUCAACCAGUAGAUCUCUUUACCAAGGCUCAUUUUCUUGGACGCUUUCGUACUCUUCUUUCCAAACUCAAGUUGGUUUCAUCACAACCACCUUGAGUUUGAGGGGAGAUGUUAAGAUGUGAAUAUAAUUAUAUUUAGAAU